AUGACGUAUAAUAAACAACUCGGGCUUGUUUGUGCUCUGGUGAUACAAGUAGUCCGAGGAUGUCCGAACGGCUGGGAAACGUUCGAUGGUUCCUGCUAUUUUGUGUCCGAUAUAACGGAAGACUGGUCAGCGGCUUCGGCAACAUGUGGAGUAUUUCAUGCCCAUCUUGCCGAGGUUCAAAAUGGAUACGAGGACAACUUUCUGAAACAGCUUAUCAUCCGAUAUCAUAAUGGACACAUCCAGGAUAGGUAUUUCUGGUUUGGGGGAACAGACAUGUUUGUGGAGGGAGACUGGCGAUGGAGUGAUAGUGACCAGAGACUUAAUUACACUAACUGGAGGGCAGGCGAUCCGAACGAUCUAAAUCACGCCCAGGACUGUAUGGUAGCAGAUUUAAAUUGCAAUCAUUAUUAUUGGAUUGACAGAGAAUGUGAAAACGCAUACAAUUUUGUUUGUGAGAUCAGGGAUGGCUCUAGUGCUGCUGUCAUUGGUUGA